AUGACGUCCAGAUCCAAGGAGAAGGUGGCAGCAGCUUUCAGAAAGCUGUUCCGAUCUCCUGAGAAGCUGGAUAAUGAAGCUGCCGGACCAAGCGGCUCGCCGGCCCGCCGAGGUUUAUUUCGUCGACACAGAGACGGUGUUAGCCCAGCAGAAGCAGCUGUUAGUUUGCCAUCAAGCCCCGCGUCCUCGACAAUGUCUAAGAAGAAGGCUGGCUGUGCUAACGACGUUAGGGAGAGAGCCGCCGGAGUGCGCACAAGGAGACUUAUGAAAGAACUAAAAGAAAUACAACGCCUGCAAGAACACCGACCUAAUCCGGUCUUCACGGUGGAGCUUGUAAAUGACAACUUGUUUGAGUGGCACGUGAGACUCCAUCAGAUUGAUCCUGAGAGCGACCUGGCGUCUGACCUGAGAGAGAUGAGCAUCCCCAACAUUCUGCUUCAUCUCAUCUUCCCCGAAAACUUCCCCUUCGCCCCGCCCUUCAUGCGUGUCAUAGAACCGCGAAUAGAAAAAGGAUUCGUAAUGGAAGGUGGUGCCAUUUGUAUGGAACUGCUGACGCCUCGCGGCUGGGCGUCCGCCUAUACCGUGGAGGCAGUGGUGAUGCAGUUCGCGGCUUCUGUGGUCAAAGGUCAGGGUCGCGUGGUGAGGGCCCCGGCUCGCUCCUCGCGGGAGUUCUCCCGCAGGAGGGCCGAGGAGGCGUUCAGGUCGCUCGUCAAGACACACGACAAGUACGGCUGGGUCACACCCUCGCUGUCCGACGGUUGA